GCGCGGCGCGGCGGCCGCAUCUCCCCCGUCCCGUUCCGUUUUGACCGCCGUCUCCAAUCCCUCUCCCCAAGUCCACUCCCCUUCCUCCUCUUCCGCAGCCGCAGUAGAACCCGGCAGUAACCCGCCGCCGCAAGCAUCCCACCGCGCCGGGGGCGACGCGGCGUCUCAACCCGACCCAACCGCAGCGGCAGCAGCCAGCCAGCAAGGCAGCAGCCACCGCUCUCCUCUAUAAAUCCAUCCCCACACCUACCGGCUCCAAGGCCUCAGCCUCGCUGCCUCGCUUUCCCCAAAUCCGCCGCGGACUCCAGAGCUCGGAGGAGAGACGAGACGACCCAAGCAAGACUUCGCCGCGCCUUUGCUUCCUGCGCAAUUCUUGCGGCGUGCCGCGCCUUUUUUCCUUUUUCUUUCCAUGGACAGCGACUACGUUGCCAGCCUGCUCAUGGGCCACUCUGCCGCCCCGGGGCUCGACUUCGCCGCGCUGGACGGCGGCUUCCUCGACGCUCUCUGCGGCGCCGGCGCCGGCCUGUUCGGGGCGCCCGGGGUCGCGGCAGGGGCCGGCGGCGGCGGGUCCCCGGAGGGGUCCUCGGUGUCGGACCCGGCGUGGGCGCGCGCCAGGGACAGCGGCAAUGCCAGGAAACGGAAGGCGCCUCCAGCCGGUACCGCCAACGGGAAAGAAGCCUGCUUGGGCAAGGUGUGGGAAACGACCAGCGCGGCUGGAGAGCCCAAGGGUCCGGACGGGAAGAAGGCCAGAGUGGGCGCCGGCGGGAGCCCCGUGAAGCCGAAGGUAGAGGAGGCGACGGCGAGCGACGGCUCUGUUGAAGACAAAGGGCAGAAAAAGGGCAAGGGAAAGAGCGCCAAGCCGCCGGUCGAGCCGCCCAAGGACUACGUCCAUGUCCGGGCGCGGCGAGGGCAGGCGACUGACAGCCACAGCCUUGCCGAGAGGGUUCGAAGAGAGAAGAUUAGCCAGAGGAUGAAAUUUCUUCAGGACCUCGUGCCAGGGUGCAACAAGGUGGUUGGCAAGGCACUCAUGCUUGACGAGAUCAUAAACUAUGUGCAAUCACUUCAGCAGCAAGUUGAGUUCCUGUCCAUGAAGCUUGCGACCGUGAAUCCACAACUUGACUUCAGCAACCUUUCUACACUCCUACACAAAGACAUGUACCAAGCAUGUGGCCCUUCAGUGAAUUCCGUCUUUCCACUGGAAAGUGCCGGUGCAGCUUUUCCAUUUUGCAACCAGGCAGAUCUUUUCCAGUCGUUUGGUUCGGGUGCUAUGGAGGAUCAGUGCUCCCUAAGUCUGUUAGACACGGCUCUACCCCACACAACCAACCCACAGUUUGCUUUUCAAAAGCAGCAAAGGGACUUCUGGGAGGAUGGCCUACAGAACGCUUUGCCUAUUGUGAGUGAGCAAGGCCAGGAGAAUGUGGUUUCAGCACCGAGUUUUGAUGGUCAGUUACAAGCUGAUCAGACAAAGAUCGAGUUCUAGGCCCCUGUGAUCUUCAAGGUUGAUAUUUUUGUAUAUAGGGAGUAUGAAGACCUGUGGCAAGUGAAACUCUCCUAAGCUGACCAUCAUUAGAGUUUAGGCCUUGUUUGGGACGGUGGGUGAGAAACGCGCGGCGCUUAUACGCGUAAGCGGCUCGGAGGCCGCUUUUGCGAUUCUGGCUCGCGUAGUUCUUUUUGCCGCGUUUUGCGUUGUGGGCGGCCGGCGGAUGCGCGUUCGUCGCGAGGCGGGAUUUUUUCGUGUUUCUCUCUCAUACGCGACGCGUCGCUGUCCCAAACAGGGCCUUAGGCCUGUGAACUGAUUCAUUCCAUGAUAUGCUGGAUGUACGGCAACUCAGAUUCUUCUCGUAGGGAUCAUAUGAUCUCGCAUGAUUAAAGUAGAUCGUGUAAUAGAUAUGGUGCAAAUAUUACAUGCACCAUCUUCUAAAAUUUCUACUAAUAUGUAAGAACGCUGGCUGGUAUUGGGAUGAUACCAUGUACUGUUGCAUUUUAUCUUAAGACGAAAAAUCAACGAAUUGGAUGUCUCUCCU